CCGUCUUGGCCACAGGUUUUUUCAGAAUGAAUGGAAGGUCAUGCAGCAUGAAUCUCCACCGGAUAUCAGGAACCCCACAGGGGCCUGGGAUGGUCAGUGGCCAACACAUUCCUCCCAUCAGAGCCCACUCAGGGACUCCUGGGCCCUCAUCCUGUGGCACCACACCAAGCCCUGGUAUUGGAAGCCUUGCUAACAGUCUCCAUCUCAAGAUACCUUCGGGAGGAGGGAUGGUUCCUCAGAGCAACAUGGCUGAGAGCCCCAUCCAUCUGCCCGCCUUGAGUCCCAGGAGACAAGUGCUCACCAAUGGGAAGUCACGAUUCCAGGUCACUCAGGCCGGAGGCAUGUCAGGGCCACACACUUUAAAGCCAAAGCAGCAGGAGUUUGGAAGUCCUUUUCCUCCAAAUCCUGGGAAAGGGGCUCUUGGCUUUGGGCCUCAGUGCAAGUCCAUUGGAAAAGGCAGCUGCAACAAUCUAGUGGUCACCAGCAGCCCCAUGAUGGUUCAGCGACUGGGACCCAUUUCACCUCCAGCAAGCCAGGUCUCUACAGCAUGCAACCAGAUCAGUCCUAGCUUACAGAGGGCAAUGAAUGCAGCCAACCUGAACAUACCUCCUUCAGAUACCAGGUCCCUUAUUUCACGUGAGUCUUUGGCGUCCACGACUUUGAGUCUGACGGAAAGUCAGUCGUCUUUGAGUGUGAAACAAGAGUGGUCUCACGGCUACAGGGCUCUCCCUUCACUCUCGUCCAACCACAGCUCUCAGAAUGGCAUCGAUCUAGGGGAUCUCCUUAGUCUUCCUCCGGGGACAGCCAUGUCCAACAACAGUGUCUCUAACUCAUUGCCAUCCUACCUUUUUGGCAUGGAAAAUAGCCACUCUCCUUACUCUAGUCCCCGGCACUCUUCAGCCAGGUCUCACUCAGCCCGCUCCAAGAAGAGAGCACUUUCCUUGUCCCCACUGUCGGAUGGCAUUGGGAUAGACUUCAAUACCAUCAUUCGCACCUCUCCCACGUCCUUGGUCGCCUACAUCAACGGGUCGAGGGCUUCCCCGGCCAACAUGUCCCCACAGCCCGAGGUCUAUGGGCAUUUCCUGGGAGUGCGAGGUAGCUGCAUCCCCCAGCCGUGUUCAGUGCCUAGUGGCCAGAAGGGUGUCCGGGUGUCCAGCGGUGGCCUGGCACUCCCUGCCUACGGGGAGGACGGCACGCUGGAGUACGAGCGCAUGCACCAGCUGGAGCACGGGGGCCUCCAGCCCGGCGUGGUCAACAACAUGGUGGUGCAGCACGGCCUGCCAGACUCCGAUGGCCAGCCGGCCGGCCUGCUGAAGACGGAGCGCGUGGAUGAUUUCCCCACUGCGGCUCUAGAUCUGCCGUCCGCGCCUCCUCUGCCUCCUCUGCCACCACUGCCCCAAGGUCCCCCACCCCCCUACCACGCCCAUCCGCACCUGCACCACCAAGAGCUAGUCCCCCACGCCCAGACGCUGGCCCUGUCCCAGACCACCUUGGAGGAGGAUGGGGAGAUGGACGACCUCGGGGGCAAGCACUGCUGUCGCUGGAUCGACUGCAGCGCCUUGUAUGACCAGCAGGAGGAACUUGUGCGGCACAUCGAGAAGGUACACAUAGACCAGCGCAAAGGGGAAGACUUCACUUGCUUCUGGGCGGGGUGUCCUCGAAGGUACAAGCCAUUCAAUGCCCGCUAUAAACUGCUGAUCCACAUGAGAGUCCACUCCGGAGAGAAGCCUAACAAGUGUACGUUUGAAGGUUGCAAGAAGGCAUUUUCAAGGCUUGAAAAUCUCAAGAUUCACUUGCGGAGUCACACUGGCGAGAAGCCAUAUUUGUGCCAGCACCCGGGCUGUCAGAAGGCGUUCAGCAACUCCAGUGACCGCGCCAAACACCAGAGGACGCAUCUGGACACUAAACCUUAUGCUUGUCAAAUUCCAGGAUGCACCAAGCGCUACACAGACCCAAGCUCCCUAAGAAAGCAUGUGAAGGCACAUUCUUCCAAAGAUCAACAAGCAAGGAAAAAGUUGCGGUCCAGUGCAGAGCUGCAUCCUGACCUGCUCACGGAUUGCCUCACUGUGCAGCCUCUGCAGCCGGCCACUUCCCCACGAGAUGCUGCUGCAGAUGGGGCAGUGGAAUGUUCCCCGGGGCCUGGGCCUGACCUCUAUCCAGCUUCCAUUUUCUCCAGCAAUCAUUCAAGCCGAAGCGGAACAGCUGCUGGGGCCGUGCCACCCCCACAUCCUGUCAGUCACCCUUCUCCGGGACAUAAUGUACAGGGGAGCCCCCAUAACCCCUCCUCCCAGUUACCUCCACUCACAGCUGUGGACGCAGGAGCUGAGAGGUUUGCACCUUCUGCUCCAUCUCCUCACCAUAUCAGUCCCCGGAGGGUGUCAGCUCCUUCGUCAAUAAUGCAGAGAACACAGCCUCCCCAUACCCAGCAGCCCUCAGGAUCACACCUGAAGUCCUAUCAGCCAGAAACAAACUCUUCUUUUCAACCAAAUGGAAUCCACGUACAUGGAUUUUAUGGGCAGCUGCAGACAUUCUGCCCCCCACAUUACCCGGAAUCCCAGAGAACCAUGCCGCCCAGCAGCUCCUGCAGUGCAGUGCCUUCCUUCGAGGACUACCUGGUCCCCACAUCCAUGGGCCAGGCUGGCUUUGAUGUUUUCCACAGAGCCUUCUCGACUCACUCGGGCAUUGCAGUGUAUGAUUUGCCUUCCGGUUCCUCAAGCCUCUUUGGAGAGUCCAUUCGCAGUGGGCCUGAAGACAGCAGCACAUUCUUGCAGAUCAGCGCUGUGGACCGCUGUCCUAGCCAGCUCUCCUCUGUUUAUACUGAAGGCUAACCAUUCCCCUGGCCUCCACUACCACUGGCAUCCAGAACCUUUUCAUCGCUUGCCACCUUUUGUGUUCACACCCUCAUAGACUGUUUGGAAAGGAUGUUGACCGAAUCAGUGGAACCUGCGAAGUCACAGAUGGGUCUUUGGAAGGCAGGGCUGAACGGUCGGUCAUACCUGGGCUUUGCAGGAAUGUUUGCAUGUGCUCCUUUUUCUCACUGGGUUUGCUAGUGACAGCAGGACUGUCUUUUCAAAGGGAAUUGAGACUCACUCUACUGGAUGUCUGUUACUUCCUGGCUGUCAACCCUCAGAGGACACCAAUGAAGUGAUGUGCUUGUGAAAAUGUAGUUUGGGAAUCACCCUUGCUGAAAACCCUAAAUAGAGAAGGACAAUGCGAAUUGCCAGAAGUACAGUGAACUGCCUUGGCCAGUGCUCGUCCUCAUUGCUGGCUGAAGCCAAGCCAGGCACAAGGGAAACCCAGGUCUACAACACAGAGUGGGCUGUGCUCUUGGACAGGCCCCCGGUUUCCAGCACCAGCCUGGCAUUUCAGUGAGCUGGCUGCCUCCCCCUCUCCUUUUAGAUAUCCCCAUGCUAACCAAUGCUUUUCAGUAUUUCUCCAAAAG